CAGGUAUUGGCGUAGUAUCAGUCAUUUUCUCCGAAUGUAUCUCUCGUUCCCCCGUACUAUGUGUGUUUCCGUCCUGAUUCCCCUAGUUUUUUUCAUCCUCAGAACAUAUGCGCUCUGGAACAAGAACAGAAUCUUGCUCGUAGUCAUGCUGUCCACCUUUUUCGUGAGUUCCCAAUCCACUCGCCAUACCCAAGCUAGUGGUAGAUGCAUCAGCCAGACUUUUGUCGGAGCAUCCAUCGGGGUUGCCUUUGCCACUAUUGCUCCUGCAGCAAUGGCGACUAGCGUGAUACCGGGCAUCACAGGGUGCUACCGGAGUUCGUCCAAUUUACCACUCUUGGUACCAAUCCUUCUCCUUUCGGUGUUCGAACUGGGACUCAUGAUACUCACGCUCAUACGCACCAUACAGAGCUGGCGGAUAAACUCAAGCUGUCUGUACAUUGCCCUGGUGAACCAUAACAUAUUCUAUUAUGGAUGUGGUCUUCUGUUCUCUGUAACGAAUAUCUUCACAUUGCUGCUCCUCCAGUACUCCUACCACACCCUGUUGUAUGAUUUCCAGUUCAUAAUCCUCGCAAUGCUCGCCACGCGCAUGCACCUCCAUCUCUGGCAGUUGAACCGGCAUGCGCACCGCUCUGGCGCCAUUGUGUGUAUUCCAAUGUUUGAUAUGUCAUCUGUAAAUUUCACGGCGUGAUGUCUUAUCCUGUGGCUUAUUCGAUGUUGUUCGUGGAGCGAGGCUUGGACUGUACGAGAUGAGUAGUGGGGGUGGGUUUAGUAGAGAGAGAACAACAAACAACUAAGACUGUAAAGACGUGGUGCUCUGGGUAUAUGAGUAUGGGAGCCUCUUGUUGUAUUUGCUGGCAUGACAUUUUGUGGACUUCAGUCGAGAUUUACUUAGGCCGAGGCGUUGUUUGAUUUCAAAGCUGGUUGUACUAGUAUACUUGUCUCUAGACUUACGAUUCCGACUAUCUCU